CUUCUUUGGUUCGUUUUUGACUCAUGACAUCUUCCGCUAAACCGAAGCUUCCUGAUUCUUUUCUUCCAUCCAACAGUAGCAGAAAGCAUUUCCUCCUCCUCUUCCACCGUCGGAAGUUCACCCUCCGAGGAGAUGCAGUGCCUUUCUUUCAAAACAUCAUCAUCGCGUGUUACAUCCCCACAAACCCUCGAUUUACAUUCCUAUCCCCCACUUUCCCAAGCUGGGACUUCUACGGAGGGAACGCCUAGGUCCAGCACUCAGGCCUCGCCCCCAAUCCUCACUCGCGAGUACACACUAGCCGUACAGAGCAAUUCCUACAGUGAAAUUUGGUCCCGGAUUCAUGAUAUUAGUGAAGUCCAUGAUCGAGAACAAGUUGAGACUGUGAAUGGAAAUGGGGUGGUUGGGGGUGCCCACCAGUUUCUUUUGUCGCAGCUGCUGCAACCCAACCGGGAAUCUGUUGAAGAAGCUUUGCGCCAUGCCAAGCCCAACACUCUCACCCGCUUGGUCUCUACUUACUUUGAUCACAGCGAAAAUACCACCAACCGUUGCCUUGUGCUUUUCCGGACCCUGGAUCGUGCAAGAGUUCUGUAUGCUCCUAUCCACGAGCUUCUUGAUGUGUUGCCCGAUGACACUGAUUCCUUUACACAAUCACAGUGCAAUAGGGCGUUCGAUAUUUUCCUUCAAUAUGAUCGUCUCGACAACCCUUUUCCUUGUCCUGGCUCGGAUAACUUCAUUGAAAUGCGCCGCUGCUUCUCCCAGCUCAAGCAGCAGCUAGACCGCCGCCUCAACAAGUCCCGUUCUAGAGUUCGCCUCCUGCACCGAUCAACUGCUGCUUCUGCCGUUUGCUUAAUCGGCACUGUCAUAGCAGUUGCUAUUACUACUGCAUUUGUUGCAACACAUGCCCUUGCUGCCAUUGUUGCUACCCCUUUUUGUACUGCCUGUGUCCCUUGUGGUCUUAAGAAGAAAGAGCUUGCCCAUAUGGCUCAACUUGAUGCUGCUGCUAUGGGAGUGUUUGUCCUUAACCAUCAUCUCUGUACCGUUGACAGCCUUGUUGUCAGCUUGUACAAUGCUGUCGAGGGUGACAAGCUUCUUAUCCGACUUGGAUUGGAAAGCGGCAGGGACAAAUAUCUAAUCCAUGGGGUGGUGAAACAGCUUCGCAAGAGCUAUCUCAAUUUUACUGAGCAGACCAAGGACCUUGACGAGCAUAUAUGUCUAUGUUUUAACGCUGUCAAUAAGGCCAGAUCUUUGCUCCUCCGAGAGAUUCAUCUUCCUGACUCAUCCAAUUCCUAGAUGAUUGUAGGCUGCUCUGUGAUCUCUUUUAGUGCCCCUCCUUGAUGUGUAUACGCCAAGAACUCACUAUAACAUGCUAAUUCAACCCCAAAAAGACACUGCUGGUCCUCCUUUUAAAAUCGGGCAGUCAAUUGCUUGUCUCCGUAAUCAUUUUAGCCAAGACACAUGUUAGAUUCAGUAGUAUCAUACAUGGACGUGCAAGCAAAAACAUUCUCUGGAAAAAUCUUUGUUUAAUUUGGUAGUGGUUCUAGAUACUUGGUUGGUUGAUGCGGAGGGUUGAUUGUCCAUUUGUAAUUAGAUGUGCAAGGAAGGAAUUUGUUGUAUGUACAUUUCUUCUCUUAUGAAAGGGCUGUCUGAAUGGGGUUUUAGAGAAAUCACCUCACCUUUGACCGGUCUAGUCUUCGUCAAGGCUAUAGUAUGUUUCCUUUGUUUUUGUUGCUGCUCUCUUCACUUGAUCCACCUCUGCUGGUUUGAUUAGUGGAAGAUGAUGAUUUACUAGUAACUUUUUUUUUUUUCUUUUGUUUGUUCCUUUUGAUAUGAUAGAGAUUCUAAAGUACAUAGAGUUAGGAUCCACUCAUACAUAUGUUACACACGUCAUCUACAUAAAGUCUUGACCAGUCA